AUGUCCAUCAUCUACGUGGAUGAGCUAGCCAUCCGGCUGCCGUCGGAUGUACGCAACACCUUCAACCCGUUGUGCGCUUUCGGCAGCAGCAACAACAGUAGCGCCAACACCCACAACAAUAACCGCUGUUCUGCGCCUGUGAUGGGGCUGCGGGAGGUGCAGUCCGGCCACGUGCUUCUGCCCAUUGACGCCGAGGGCUCGAUCGUUGUCACCCCUGGACAGCGGUACACCGUGGUUCUUGUCCGCGAGACCCGCGGCGGCUCUGUGGCGUCAGCAGCUGCACCACCAGCCAGAGCAGAAUUCUCCUCAGCUGCAAGCAAUGGUCAUCAGAACAGCGCUGACGGUAACACCGACAAAAUGAUAAAGAGUGUGGCGCCAGCGAAGCCUCACCAACCGCAUCAGCAGCAGCAGCACGUUAAGAAGCCCAGCUUGCCGCGUGAGGCCUCUGCGGCAGAACCCAUAGCGCAGCCAGCCAUGCCGCCUGCCCAGAAGGCGAACUUGUCCAAGAAGGAGCGCAAGGUGGCGAGCGAGUCAGCCGCAGAGGAACAGGUCUACGGGGGUGAGGCCCCAAGCGCUUCUACUGUGGCACAAGCAGAGCAGCCCAGCAAGAAGCGGAAGCGCCAGGAUGACGGCGCGGCACAGGCGCCGCCGCAGCAGCACCGGCAAAAAUCAUCUCCCACUUUGAGUGCGAGGGUCGAGUCGGCGGACACCGACGAUGCGCCGCUGAUGGAGGCGCACAGGAGCUCCCAGUCGCACACUUCCUCGCGUACCUCCCCAGUGAUGGGGCCGUCAAUUUCUGCUGAGAGCAAUCGCCACAGCAGCAAGCGUGGCGCGCUCCGCAGCAAGGCAGAGGCAAUAGUGGUGCCGCCUCCGCCAACGCGCCGCAGCCUUAGCAGCACCGACGGCUACGACGACGAGGAAGGCGCGCAGCCGCUGGCACAGUUGUACAGCGCCCAGUCCGCGGCAUCGCAGCCCUCAGUUCCUGACCCAAAGCAUGCAGGGGAGGAGGAGACACGCAUAACCGCCACUUCCAAGAAGCGCCGCUCCCCGUCGGAAAAGACGACGAAGUCGACUUCUGCUAGUACUGCAGCACCCACAACCGCCCCACGAGUGCCAUCCCCACCACAGCCAGCGACAUUCGCCGCAGCGGAGACAGCAACGAAGACGCUGCGCCAGAAGAGCGCCAGCCCAGACAGAGUUCCCGUGACGCUGCCGCCGUCGUCUCGGAGGAGCACCGUCCGUCGCGUUCCGCUAGACACAUCAAGCGACUCGGAUUAG